ACCAACCAACCACCACCACACAAACCACAAUACAGAAAAAAAUACCGGCAUAAUUUUUCAAAACACCCGGGAUUGUUCUCAAAUGUCACGCGCACUAAGCCACUGGGUCCCAACAGAACAAACUCCGCUGCGUCCCAAACGUGCAGGUGCAGCAAUGUUGCAGACACACGCAGACGAGAGAGAGAGAGAGGGGGGUACAGCAAUGACGCGAGAAUGCCACCUUUGUCGCUGAAAACAGAAGAGAUCCGCUCUAAGAAGGGUCAGCGGUGGGGCGUAGCAGCAGCAGCAGGCGUGACUGCGUCCUGCGGCAGUAGCGGCACUGAAGCCCUCACUCACAAUGAGCGCGGCCGCGUGCCGCCACCACCACCGCCGCCACCGCCGAGUUUGAGCAAAGAGCCAGCAGCGUGCCAGGAACAUUCACACUUUAGAUGAACUUGUCCACGACUCCUCUUUGACGCCACCAGAGCAUCACGAUACUUGGCCGGGAAGUAUUUAAACGCGGGAGCGCAUUUGGCUAAGCCAGCUUCGGUCUUGAAGCGCAAAGUCAGUCGUGGAAGAAGCUUUUUAUUGUGCGAGACUGGUGGAAUUUUUUUUCCCCUCUCUCUCUCUCCAUAUUUUUACGCACACACGCACACACUAACACACUCCCUCUCUCUCUCUCUUCCAAAGUCCAGCAGCCCAUGCAAGUGGCCAUGAUCUACGAUGGUCGCUAAUGUGCGUUGACGACAGUUUUUAUUGCUGGGCAUAAAAGUCAAGAGCGAGAGACGCACACACAGGGAGAGAGGGAGAGAGGGAGGGAGAGCGACGCAGAAGAGAUAUAUAUAUUCACACCUAGUUUGCUGGACCUGGCCCCUGGGCUGUUUGUACAGCUGUCGAUGCGAGCCAUGUUCUCGGUGCUGCUGCGAUGCUGCGCCCUGCUCUGCGUGCUCUCGUCCGGGGCGGGUGCCGUGGCGUCCUGCGAGCCCGUGCGCAUCCCCAUGUGCCAGAGCAUGCUGUGGAACAUGACCCGAAUGCCCAACCACCUGCACCACAGCACGCAGGAGAACGCCAUCCUGUCCAUAGAGCAGUUCCAGGACCUCCUGGACACGCAGUGCAGCGCCGUGCUGCGCUUCUUCCUGUGCGCCAUGUACGCGCCGAUCUGCACCAUCGAGUUCCAGACAGACCCCAUCAAGCCGUGCAAGGCGGUGUGCGAGGCGGCGCGGGACGCGUGUCGGCCCGUGAUGCGCCAGUACAACCACGACUGGCCCGAGAGCAUGGCGUGCGACGAACUGCCCGUGUACGAGCGAGCGGUGUGCAUCUCGCCGGAGGCCAUCGUCACGGUUAUGCCAGAAGAUGAGAAGAGCACAGACUCGACGUCAGUCGUGUUCAUGCAGACCGAGGGGCCUCACCCUCCACCGGCGUGCCGCAACAACAGCCCAGAGCGAUGCAAAUGUCGAAAAAUCAAGGCCAACCAAAAGACGUACACUGCCAAAAAUUACAACUAUGUGAUCCGCGCCCGAGUGAAGGACGUUCACAGGAGCGGCUGCAGUGAGAUUCAAACGACAGUGGAGGUGAAGGACGUCAUCAAGUCAUCGGGCGUCAGCAUCUCGCGUGGGGACGUCCACCUGUACACCAACUCCUCCUGCCUGUGCCCUGAGCUUCUAACUGCCGACGAGUACAUCAUUAUGGGCUAUGAGGACCGCAUGCGCACCAGGUUGUUGCUGUUUGAUGGCUGUGUGGCUGAAAAAUGGAAAGAACGUUGGGGAAAGAAAGUAAAGCGCUGGGACCAGAAGCUGGGCAGACCAAAAGGCCCUGGAAGGAGCACCACAGGCAUCAGAAGGUCCGGGAGCAGUGGCAGACCCAAGGGUGGCCCCAGCGACGACGGCAAAAACAGCCGCAGCAAGGACAGGGGCGGCCGGCCGAGAAGUGGAUGAGAGCCUGAGACGGACGUGAGCUAGCGAGCGGUGUGUGCGUGGUGAGCACUCGGGCGAGAGUAAAAGGGGUGGUGAUGUUUAUAUUGCACUAUUGAACUUCUGAUGUACAGCUGUUACUCUUUCUGACACCACUAGUCUCGAAGACUAUUUAUGAGAGAAAAAAAAAAUUAAGAUCAGAUAGCAAGUUGUGAUCAAAAGUAAUAGUGAAGAUCCUGAAAUCAUUACUUAGAGCUUGAGAUUGUAAUGUUUUGUGAAGGUUCCUCUUUUUUUUGCACAGCAUAUUAAUCACUUUUUUUUGUCUUUAAAUAUAAAUAUAUAAAAGAAAUUAUACAUUAUGCUUGCUGAGGCCUGCUACAAUCAGCCAGAGUGCUGCAUACUAUGCUGCUUUAAAUAAGAGAGUAAAUUACCUCUAGAUUAGUCUCCUGAGGAGUAAAAAAAAUGCUGAGAUUCACAGCUGUUAUCAUGACAGCAUGUUACGUAUCAACAGUGUGUUAUGGUAUAUUCAGUGUAAAUGAAAAAAAAACAUCACUUUUAAAGGUAUAUUGUAUCCUUUUAACAGCAAGUCGGCAGGCCUGCAUUAUGUUCAAGGUAUAUUGGACAGUGUUUCAGGGCUAGAAGUGUAACCCGCUGCAUACAUUGGCAUUCUAUAAUUGUUCACAUCCAGGCAACAUUUUAUUUGAUGUAAAUCAGUGAGGAUGCAUAUGAAAGUCUGGUUCUAGUGAAGGCAAACCAUGUAAUGAUGAGUUGCACCGAACAAUAUAAAGACAAUUGAGCCAUAUUCCCAAUUGACUGCCUGCAAUGUGGACGUAAAAAAAUGAUACACAUAUAUUUGAACGUAAAAAUAAAUAUGGAUUGUAAGGUAUUGACAGUGUUUAAGCUUUUUCAAAAUCUGAAUAAGAUGGUAUAGUAUAAGGGGGACGGCCAAAAUAAUGACACCACCACAAAAUCUUGAACGGACAUCCUCGCUCUUGGGAUGUUUCAGCGCCGACUUUAAACAGCCAACAGCGAUUUAAAAAAAAAUGCGACCCUUUCUAGCCCUGUUUGCUGUAUUGCAUGGCAAAAUAUCUUGAGAAUGAGAUGUGUUUGCAUCAGUAUCUUAUAAUACGUCAAUAUGUAAUACGCUACUGCGAGUGGACUGCAUGGAUUGUUUGCAUACAAAAAAAAGAAUGCACACGUUUCUAGCUAAUCUAGAAUGCACACCAAUAUCGUCAUUCAAGAGUUGCCUUCGCCUGGGAGGAAAGGAGUUUUCCUCGUGGCACAACUGGGCUAAGCGUGCUAUGUGCGUCAACAGUACGUUGUUCUGUGUAAGACCUGCACACCGCCUGAUCAUUUCACGCUGAACAGAUCAUCGCACAAGAGAAAAUAUAUUUCCAUUCUAUGAAUGACUUAAAUGAAUGACAAGAAGGAUUUUUGAAAUAGCCUUUAGGAGAUAUUGUAAUUUUACAACACAAAAAUAAUGUUGUUUAAGAGCCCUGUAUAUUCAAAAGCUUCAGUGGGCAUUGUGUGAAGCUAACAAAGUUUGAACUACAAGUAAUGUACUUUGAGUGUGCAUGAUAAAGGCAAGUAUACGGUAUAUCAUGUAUGUAAGUAAUCGUAAAAUGUGAACGUAUAUAUCCGAUUAACUCUAGUCGGCUUUCAUUCUGCGCCACGGUGGGUGCAUAUGAAUGGCUGGGAGUGCAUGCCAUCAUUGGGACAUUUAUUUCUGGGAUGCAUUUAAAGCAUUCGGUAAUUAACAGAAAAAAAGAAAACUUCCACACAGAAACACGGUACGUGCAAAUGCAUCAGACAGUAUAGUGCUGUGUCCUUUGAUAUGAGGGUGCUGUCUGCAAAAUGUGUGCAGAGGUUCUGUGAAUUUUUGAUCUCAUGUGCUCGCACCUGCCUUGUACUGCCUCUAUAAGAAAGUGCCGCAUCAUCAGAAUAAAGGAUGCAUUGUUGCCACGUCACUAA